GUAAUUACUAAUGGUGUGCUUACUUUUGAAGUAUUUGGUCGCGCCAAACGCCAUGUACUAGAAGAGAUAGAAAAGUGGGAUAAUGCUAAGGAAUGCCCAACAUAUAGAAAAAACAAUGAAGGUGCCCCAUCUGAAUCUUCAGCACCUAGAGAGAGACGUUCGGAAGAAGAACUGGUAGCAGAAGAAAAACAUGAUGUUGUUGCAUGGGUUCAAGUCUGCGAACUUGCUCCAACAGGAGAGUAUGUACCAGUUCAAGUCCUUUCGCAAAAUUCCCUUGAUCCAGGUGCAUUUUUCUUACGACAAGGUCUUCAACGACGGAUUGUUCUAACAUUAACACACAAUUCUGGUCGACAAUUCCCAUGGACUCGAGUAACAAAAAUGGAAAUCGGUCGGGUACGAUUACUUGACGGGAAAGGACGAUUGUCUGAGUCACAAGUUCAGAAUGAUAUACAGAUGAAUUUACUGCCAACACAAAAUGUUCAAUUUAAACGAGAUGGAACUAGUGUAAUUAUAGCUCAAGCAUCUUGGGAUA